AUGGAGAGGACCCACCUGCACGCCGCCGCUGCUGCCAUGGUAGUUCCCGGGCUCCAGAUGGCUUUCUUCAUCGCGACAGCUGCUGCUGAGGCAACCCUCGGACCAGUUGCUUCCACGCCGAUGGCCCCCCUGUUCUCCCCGCCAUCUACUAUCCAAACACCAGGCUUUGGAGCACCCUUAGAUUACGAACCGUGGGUCAGGCCACAGGAAGGAGGGCCGCCGGUGGACGUCAAAUGCAGCGUCUACAUAGACACAAUGGGCUCGUUUUCCGAGAAAACAAUGGACUUCUCCCUGACGCUGAUUCUGGGCUGUGAGUGGCAAGACCAGCGGCUGGCUAACCUGUCCCUGGAGGCGUGGGUGCCGCCGCCCGGCUUCGACAUCUGGACACCCGUCAUAGAGGCCGUGGCGAAGUCUGACGACGAGACGCCGCCUGUUCUCAGCGUGUCACACGACGGGAGCGUCCUCCGCAUGGCAUGGCACACAAUGAAAAUCACGUGUCUGAUGCAGCUGCAAGCUUAUCCGUUGGACAGACAGAAGUGCAGCUUACUGUUUCACAUCCGCGGAGGCGUGCGGGUUCUGUGGGGCUGGAACACCUACUGGUUCCCGGGGCAGACUCCGGUUGUUACCCGCACAUCCGGUCUCCAUUCCCAGCUCAAGCUGGAGAGCGUGGAGACCUUCGCAUACGUCAACUCACUCGUCUCACCAGAGGCCAUCUGCGUGUACGAGGGAGGCGUGUGUGACUACCAUAUGUCUGAGGACUGCCUCCGGAAGCAGUGCACGAGUGUGGAGAAAAUCACCACCCAGGAGUGCAGGAACUGUAACUACUUCGGCGGGAUGUGCAUGAACAAUACCUUAGAGGACUGCGAAAGCCUGGCGUAUGUCGUGCACGGAGACAGCGUGUUUACGACAGGGGAGCUGCGCUUCACCCUGACCCGCCGACUGUCGUACCACCUCCUGCAGACCUACAUCCCGUCCAUGAGCAUCGUGGCCAUGUCGUGGGUGUCCUUCUGGAUCAACAUGGAGUCGGCGCCGGCCAGGACAGGGCUCGGCGUCACGACUGUCCUCACAAUGAUAACCCAGAGCGGCCGGAUCAUCGCGAUGCCUGAAGUGUCGUACGUGCGGGCUGUGGACGUGUGGCUGCUCGGCUGUCAGCUCUUCGUCUUCCUGGCGCUCAUCGAGUUCGCCGCGGUUAACUACAUCUCCAGGAGAAUCCGCAUGGACGGAGACUCGGACAGCGGCGUCAAUGGAAAAGUUCUCGGCAAGAAAGAAGCCGUCGGACUUCCUCUGCCGGAUCCGCUGGUCAGAGCCAAGAAAAAGAUGACCGGGAUGGACAUUGCCGACGCCGUGGACCACUUUAGCCGCAUCGGGUUCCCUGUGGCCUUCGUCAUUUUCAACGUUUUAUACUGGGCCAUGUACGUGGUCAUCAUGCGGGAGCCUAAAGCAACGCAGUAA